UUCCAUCAAAUUAAUCUAAAGGUCUAACGGGUUUUAAGAUCCAUUCUAAAAUAUUAAUUUAGAAGUAUAUAGCAAUAAAAACAUGAUUGGCAAAGGCUUAACAAAUUCAGAUACAAUGAGUUCCUUAGAAGAUUCUGACAAUUCAUUUCCAGCAGCCAGCAGCUUUUGUAGAGAUUUUAUUAGAGGCUGUUGUCCUCGUGAUAAUUGUAGAUUUAUACAUGAAAUACCACCCAAGUCCUGUUUAAAGGAGCUAUUUCGAUUUUGUCACGAUUUUCAAAACAAAGGCUGUUUUCGACCUAACUGUAAGUUUUUGCAUUGUACCGUUAAAGAUGAGGAGCAUUUUUAUGCUACUGGAAUAUUUCCUCGUGAUCCUCGAAACACGCCUCCCAUAUGUCAAGCGCAUAUCCAUGGAAUUUGUUUAAAUCAAGACUGCAAAUACAUACACGUAAGGGAUGGACCUGGUAAUGAGAUUGUUGCUAAGCGUAGUAUUCAGGCUACUAUGUAUAAUAGAAAUCAACUCCACAUGAGAGACGAUGACUCCCCACCUGAGGCUAAAUUUAGAAGAUAUGCCUAUGAGGAAUCAGGCUUAGAUACACAAACCCUCUCUGCUACUAAUUUGUGCACUAACUGUGAAGUUUUAGAUCAUAAAGUAAAAUUGUUACAUGAUAAUAUAAGUGUGUUGUUAAAGAAAGUGGCAGAUUUGACAGAGAAGAAUGUCCAGUUAACUACAAUGAAUGAAUUUUUGUUAGAGCAAACUUCAUCUGUUAGAAGUGAUCAACGAUGUGUGAUAACUUCAAGACAUGGAACAUCAGCCCCAGUGUCUUUGGCCACAGUUAGUGUAACACCAGUUGUAAGUCUUGCUGGUGCUCUACCAACUCUGGUACCUGCAGCAGCAACACCAAAUUUGGCUCUAGGACCAGCAGCUUCACAAGCUCAGUUAUUAACUCCAGCUCCCCAAAUCCUCACUGUUAGUACUACACAGCAACUUGUAGGAAAUUCAGGGGCUUUAAUUGUCACAAGUGCUGGGGCUCAACAGUUAAUGCAAGUUAGUGAUUCGGGUACAUUGAUGGGAGGUGGACAAACUGUAGUUGCUGUAACACCAGCUCAGCUAACUUUAGCACCCCCAACACAACAAUUAAUGAGCAAUGGGCCCCAAACUGCCGUACAACAAUUGGUUCAGACAUCGGCACUCCAACCACAAUUGGCUUCUCAACACCAAGCUUCCCAGUAUGCAGCGGCUCAACAAUCAGUUCAACAUUUGGCCGCUGCACAACAAUCUGCUCAGCAUUUAGCAGCACAGCAGUCGGCACAACACCUUGCUGCACAGCAAUCUGCUCAACAUUUGGCUCAAUCUGCGCAACACCUUGCAGCAGCUCAACAGUCCGCUCAACAAUUAGCACAGCAGUCUGCACAACAGUUGGCUGCUCAACAAUCUGCACAACAACAGCUAGUUCCUGGAGCGCCACAGUUGGUGCAUCAAACUUCUACACAACAAAUAACAAUUUCUAGCACUAGUCAACCAAUGGCUUUGCCUAAUUCACAAGCUCAGCCACUUACAUUCCCUAUUAUUUCACAGAGUAUUUUGCCCCAUUGAACUAAAGUUUACGUGUGAGGAUAGUAGAGUAAGUGCUAGAUGAUAAUUAUAGUUGUAUUAAUUCUUUUUUGCAGCCAUACUUUUUAGAUGGGUAAAUUCCUGUUUACAUUAUUCAUGUUAGUAAAAUAAUUGAUCUUUGCAUAAGAGAUUAAAGUGUGGUCUUAAUAAUAUAUCUUUUUCUAAUUUUACUGAUAGAGAUAGUAUGUUGACAUAAACUCCUUUCAAAAUGUCAGAAAUCUAUCAGAAGUCUGUUGGGUCAGAGAUGGAUAAAUUAUUAAGUCUUGCUGUAACUAGUUAAUGAGACUAUCUACAGAUUUUAAGGAAUAUAUGUUAUGUUCUUAUUAUAAACAUUGAGUAAGUAGGAACUAAGCCUUAUUAUCUUAGUAAAUGUUUUUAUUACAUAUUUGUCUGUCGUGAAAGUAUGUUGUUUUGUGUAUAAGUAAGUGAAAUGCUAAAACUGAAUGUUCGAGGUUACAGUUUUUGAUGAAUACUUGCUAUAAUAGAAAAGAAAUAAUGUAGCUUACAAAAUAUGUACUAAUUACAUUGUUUGCUUUUCUAAAUAAAUUGUGAUAAUUUA